AUGGAGGACUCGGGAAAGACUUUCAGCUCUGAGGAGGAAGAAGCAAGCUACUGGAAAGAUCUGGCCAUGACCUACAAGCAGAGGGCCGAAAAUACCCAAGAGGAGCUGCGAGAGUUCCAGGAGGGAAGCCGCGAGUAUGAAGCCGAACUGGAGACGCAGCUGCAACAGAUUGAAACCAGGAACAGGGACCUCCUGUCGGAAAAUAAUCGCCUUCGCCUGGAGCUAGAAACCAUCAAGGACAAGUUUGAAACGCAGCACUCUGAAGGCCACCGGCAGAUCUCAGCCUUAGAGGAUGACCUCGCCCAGACCAAAGCAAUCAAGGAUCAACUUCAGAAAUACAUCAGAGAGCUGGAGCAAGCCAACGAUGACUUGGAAAGAGCAAAACGGGCCACGAUCAUGUCUCUGGAGGACUUUGAGCAGCGUUUGAAUCAAGCCAUUGAGAGAAAUGCCUUCCUGGAGAGUGAACUUGAUGAGAAGGAGAAUCUUCUCGAAUCUGUUCAGCGCCUGAAAGAUGAAGCCAGAGAUUUGCGGCAGGAAUUGGCUGUGCAGCAGAAGCAGGAGAAACCCAGGACGCCCAUGCCCAACUCGGUGGAGGCCAACAAGACAGACACAGCUGUGCAGGCCACGGGCUCCGUGCCGUCCACCCCCAUAGCUCACCGGGGACCCAGCGCCAGCUUAAACACACCGGGGACGUUCAGACGUGGUCUGGAUGACUCCACGGGUGGGACCCCCCUCACGCCCGCAGCCCGGAUAUCGGCCCUCAACAUUGUGGGAGACCUGCUGCGGAAAGUAGGGGCGCUGGAGUCCAAACUUGCAUCCUGCCGGAACUUCGUGUACGAUCAGUCCCCAAACCGAACAAGCGGCCCGGCCUCGGGGCGGGGGAGCAAACACAGAGAUGGCGGUGGCGAGAGACAGCCAAGCAGCAGCGGCGUGCCUCUAGGUGACAAAGGGACAGCUUCUGGAUGGGUUGAUUUCCUAGCUGCGUCGCCAUGUUCCUGGACCCCGAGCCAAGUAACUUGGGUUGGGAAAACGCCUGGAAUUUGGGAAGCCGCCUUCAAAUAUUUCCUCACCGUCGCUGCCGUCAGCCCAGGGUGUAGUCAAGAUGUUGCUUUAGGAAAUCCACGGAAGCCGAAGCCCCUGGUGUGUCUGUGUGGGAGUUGUUGCUUUUCUUUCCCUCCUUAA